AUGACAGCGACAGAACAGACACACAGAGAGAAGCUUGAAUUUACGUGCGGUAUAACGUCGUAUGACUUCCAUACGUACAUACCUCUUGAUGAACCCACUGGUGCUUUGGCAUUCAGGGACGGGUUGUUGGAAAAGUUUUCUAAGGAAAUAAGCGAAGGCAGUAUAGGGGCGUACAAGCCGCACAUGGGGAAGAUCGGUCCUCAUCGUGAGGAAGGCUACGGAAUGUUUGAGCUUGAUGUGCGCGAUCCAGUGAACUUUCUGAGGUUGCUGAACUACUAUCAGACACAUCACGAGGGGCUUAGUGUGCUUAUUCAUCCACGUAGCGAUCGGGGGGACCUAUGGGACCACACCGAGGGAGCGCUUUGGUUGGGGAAAAUAAUCAAGCUCGACACCAGCAUGCUGUGA